CUUAAGGGGAGUAUCCAGAAACAGAACUGAAACACACAGAAAGGGGUUUGCUUCAUAACCGCUCGGCUUCUCUUCACAGUAGCUUUGGCUGAUUUCAGUCCACAUUAAUGGCACAAACGCUUAGAGCAAAGAUGCAUGUUCGAAGCGUCUUCAUUCUUUUGGUUUUGUCUGUUGUUGCUGAGUCCUGUGAUGAAGAAACGCAUUACGUGAAGGAUAAUAAGUGCUGCAAGAAGUGUGAACCAGGUACAAGGAUGUUACAAAACACGGACUGUGAAGAUCCAGUCUGUCAGGAGUGUCCGGACGGGGAAUAUCAGGAUGGUUACACGUUUGCUUUUCGAUGCAAUCUCCAGCCAUACUGCGACCCCAACCUCAAUUUGCGGGCACAAACACAAAGCAAGACAGAACUCAGUUCAUGUGUGUGCAAGCCUGACCAUCACUGCACCAGCAUGAAUUGUGGUUCGUGUGUGAGAAACACAGUAUGCAAAGCAGGCGAGAAAGUCAGGAAAAUUGGCACCCGAACAACAGACACAGAGUGUGAACGCUGUCCUAAUGGGACGUUUUCCGACCGUGAGUCAGCUUCAACCUGCAAGCCUUGGACAGAGUGUUCGUCAGGAUCCAAAGAGGUUGUUCCAGGCUCUCAUACAUCUGACAGAAUUUGUGAGGUGCAGAGUCAGAAGCUUGCCAUAGUCAUACCUGUGGUUGUUACUGGGCUGCUCUUUGUUUUGGGAGGUUUAGGCUACAUGUUGUAUCGAAAAGGCAAAACAGGAUCUAUAUCCUUCGUGCAAAAGACAUGUAGAUUUUUGGGCAUCAGAAAUACUCAUCAACCUCCUCAAGACAACGUGGACAUAGAAACUGCACAGCCUGCCAAUCUGCCACAGGAGGACACUGAGGAUCUUUUAAAACUCGAUGGUUCCUUAAGCCCAGGCAUCUCUGAAAAUGGAAUGCCUGUCAUUCAAGAUAACAGUAAAUCCUCACUUCUUUCUGAGACUGAAACAGAGCCAGAAAGGUUUUCAGUCCAUUUGUAAUAAAUUCAUGCAGUAAUACAUGUUGGAAAUUUGUCAUCAAACUUCUCAUGCAUUAGUAUAGUUAGCAAAUACUGUUAGAAAUGAAAUGGUUGCCAACUGCUCUUGACAUGUAAAGAAUAAUAUAUAAUGUGAUGUAGCGUGCAGCAACUUGUAACACACAUUUGCGAACAGCUUGAAAUUUCCACUUGAGUCUGUAUUGUAAUAUAUCCAGUUACAAUGACCUUAGGGAGCGAUAGCAUGAUGCUGUGAUCAUCUGGCAACUCUGAUGCUGUGAUCAUCUGGAAUAAGAUCGAAUGAGUUAUAAUGAAACUGACAGAUAUGGGUCAGACUUGCACUACUAUGUUUUUUGUAUUUUUUUAUUACUUUUCAACAUUGGUGUAAAUAUCCCUGUUAUUGUGCCAGUUUUGUUUGUAUUUGAAUUUUGAUAUUUUAAAAGUGGAAGUGUCAAUGAUAAUGUAACAUUGAUUUCUAGCAUUCUAAUUCCUGUACAUAUACUUUUAAAGUGUAUUUGUUUAAAUCAUGAGUUUUGUGUGGAUGUGUUUUCUCGUACAAUGGGACAACAUUUGGGAGCGUGCCCAGUGUGUGCUUGGGGCAGACUAUUGUGUAUUAUUAUGUGAAAUGUCCACAUGAGAGCGCUGUUCAAAAUCACAGGUUAUGUGCAAAUCUACAUGCUGUGAUAAUAAAUAUGCUGUGUUUAUAA